UAGUGCGUUGAGAGAGGGAGAAUGAAAGAGGUGCAGGAGAGAAGUCUGUUGGCAGUUGGGUUAUCUUGAAGAGUUUGCUACCUUCACCCGGACUCGCAUGGCCUUAGCAAACUGGUGAUUUGAGAUUUAGUGAUGGUGAUACGUUUUUUGUACUGUCAAUAGCAGUUGUAAAAUAAAUUCAGUUGUUAAUAAUAAACAUCAGCGUGAGAUAUAAUUAGAUAGGAAAUGAUAAAGCUGGUGAUAAAAGCAAAGAUGUCGCAGCGGACAAAAGAAAAAAAAUAGAACGACUGUAAAAAAAGAUUUAUGUCGAACUUACGAGUGUGUGUAGUUGUGUCUGAUGAAUAAAUCAGGUCGGACAAUGGCCGUUGUGAUAAUAACAUAGGUGUGGUUAAAUUUUUUUUGUCAAAGUAUAUAUGUAUAUGUUUUUUAGAGGAAGAUAAAUGAACUAAAAGAAGUGAACAAAAAGAAAGGGAAAAUAUUGAAACCGAUGCUGCAGCCUCGUGGAUGUAUAAACAUAAUCGGGCUUGUCCCUCCAGCCUCAUCAUCUUCUCCCGGACGAUCUCAUAACAGCUGGCAAGAGGAGGAGGAAGAGGAGGAAGAACGUAAAAGACCACCAACAUAAGUGUCUCGUGUGUGCGAAAGGGUAGAGAGUAUUCCGUCUGAGUCUCCCCUCUCCAGACCCCCGUGGGUGCGCCGAAAGGGAGCAAAAACGCAACAACGCUGCCAUUUUGGGCUGUUGGAAGCGGAACUCACAAGCUCUUUCUAACUGUGGCCUCUCGUGGCCCCUUCUCUGACGCCGGUCGGCACAUUGGUGCCUCUUCGCGCCUAAGACACGCUUGUAAACGUUGGUGUUUGUGACGUCCGAUUGCUCAUUGGACGUCGUCAAUUGAGCUUGCUAAGGCGACGCCGCUGUCCGUCAGUGUAUUCGCGGCGUUUCGCGCGACAGCAAUAGCGGGGGGAAGGAGUGGAGAGUUACAAUUCAACGUGUGCUCGUGGUUACAUUGGUGUGUAAGUGAAUCUUGUGGUGCUCAACUAUAGCUUUUGUGAGUAUUGGUUUUAACAGUGGUUACAUACACACACAAGUAGUGGCAGUAACUCUGCGCAUCACGGAACUCACGAUUGAGCUUAAGAAGGGACGACCAACAAAUGUUUUAAAUGGACGCAUCGUCCAUUAUCACUCAAGUGUCACGGGAUGACGAACGAGGCCACUUCAAUAAAGGGAAAGCACAAUUACCGAGGGAAAAUGAAGCAUCUAGCAAUAGGCCUCCAGAUGGAAAAAAGCCACGAGGAAGAGGAUUACUACGCUCUCUCCUCUGUUGUCUUGGCAGAGGCCGAGGUAGCAGCUCGAAAAGUUCAAAAACAAGUUCUCUCCAGGGUGAGGGCAGAGGUAGCCCAUCUCCAGGAACACGAUCAUUUUUCUACCUUCCACCAGUUCGACAUCAGGAUAUGCACAAAAAAUGUAUGGUGAUUGAUCUAGACGAAACAUUGGUGCAUAGCUCGUUUAAACCAAUCAACAAUGCUGACUUUGUUGUUCCUGUUGAAAUUGAUGGAACGGUGCAUCAGGUGUAUGUUUUGAAGAGGCCUUAUGUUGAUGAAUUUUUGCAGAGAAUGGGUGAACUUUAUGAGUGUAUUUUAUUUACCGCGAGCCUUGCAAAAUAUGCGGAUCCCGUGGCUGAUUUGCUUGAUAGAUGGGGAGUUUUUAGAGCAAGAUUAUUCCGAGAUUCGUGUGUUUUUCAUCGUGGAAAUUAUGUCAAGGAUUUAAAUAAACUUGGUAGAGACCUUCAGCAGAUUAUCAUUGUUGACAAUAGCCCAGCAAGUUACAUGUUUCACCCUGACAAUGCGGUGCCAGUUGCUUCGUGGUUUGAUGAUAUGACGGAUUCAGAGUUGCUAGACCUCAUUCCUUUUUUUGAAAAAUUAAGCAACGUCGACAACAUUUAUACAGUGUUAUGUAACAGUAAUCAUCCAUAUAAUCACCUUACGAUGAACCCCCAGGAAGGUUCGUGAUGGCCUUCAUCAAAUCGUCGGUCAUUCACAUAGUACCGACGAACGUCCAAUAACGCCGUCGAAGUAGAAACUUCUGUUUAAAAGACCACGAAAUUGGUUCGAUAAAAACAAUUGUACUCUUCGUCUGGAGAGACGUUAAAGAUUUGUCGACAUUUUGAAUUUUAUCAGGUCAUUUAUGAUUAUGUCCUGCAAUAUUUUUAUAGUAAGAGGACAAUCGAAAUGAUUAUAUUAGGAAGAACUUAAAUGAACUGCUGAUGGCUUCCAAAAAGCAAACAAUAUUGUGAUGAAUUUAAAAAUAAUUUCAAGGUAGAAUAUCAUGGACGUAAUGGUUUUCUUUUUCUUUUUUUUGAAAAAUAUUUACACUAGAUGAGUUAGAUAGAAGUUGACCGAGCACGCAGUCUACAUAGGUCAGUAGUGCGCGUGAUCUUAAGUGAUGAAGUCGAGGUCGAUCGGCAAAGUUGAAGGGAUAAAAAAAGAUUACUACGUUUAUUGUCGAUCAGUGAAAAAUAUAUAUGGAUAAAGGAAUAAAAAGAAGCGAUGCAUAUCACAUUCUUUCUCUCUCCAGACAAUGGCAAGGACACAGAAUGAUGAAGCUUUAUAUAACUAAAUGAUAUCAUUAAUGAAUUAAAUUUUAAUUAAUCCCUUUCGAGCAUUGAUAGAAGUCAAAAACAAAUAUAACUGUCUCACGCUUCCUGAAGAUUACUUUCAUCUAGAGGAGCAACAAUAAAUCAUCAUAUAGAGCUUGCCACAUAGAAGAUGAUAACCAUGCUUCGUGAUAUAACAUAAAUGAAGAAAAAGAGCCAAUUGAAUUUUAUGAAUAUUCUAUUGAGUAAAACAAACGGAUCGUAUAAUUGUUAUUACCCUUGCACCAUUGCCACCUUCAUUUAAAACGCUUCAUGGGCGGUUAUAUUAAUUGUCAAGGAUUACGACAUAAAUCACUACUUGAAUAAUCGCUCACUUUGAGCAACUUGUCGUUGGUAUAUUUUUUUUUUAUAAUUCUCUUUCUCAGUCUCAAUUACGAUAAAAAGGACGAGAGAAAACGGACUGCCCUUUCAAAUAGUUUUUCAAAUUAAUCUUGUGAUUAUUCGUGAGUUAUUUCACGAAAAUGAAUUCCACAAUCGAUGAAUGAUAGUGUUUUUAUCAUCGAAAUUGAAUUUUAAUUGGAAAGAGCACUUGUACUUAGUCGACGCUCGUUAUUUCCAGUAACUCUUUGUGAAGGAACUGAUCGAUGUGACGCCAAAAAAAACAAAGUAACAAGAUACACAUAAUUUAUAUAUAUAUAUAUAAAUAUAAAUGAAUAUUAAUAUACUAUGUACUUCAGUGUAAUAACUCUCGGUGAUCAACAAAUAACAUUAUUUCGACACCAUCGAUCCGUCCUACUAUUACAACUACUACAGUCGCUGAGUAUUCCCCCCUGUUAAGGAUCCAGAGAUGUUUUACGUCCUCUUCCUCAAAUUAUAUGUUUGUUUGCUUGUUUGUUUUGUAAUGCUCCUAAUAAGAGCUAUUAGGUUAAUCGCCAGAUUUUUAUGUAGAAUUGUUUACAUAUACGAUUGCUAUAAUCGUCAUUUCGUAAUUUUUUACACUCGUGCGCACGUACGUUAGUCGUGUUCGUGAACAAUUAGAAAAAAGAACAUGAGGAUUUAAUUAAGGACCAGAUGUUUGUGACAAAUACAAAGAAAAAUUUGUGUAAUGAUUUAUAUAAAUAGAAAAAAAAAUCACGCAAGAUUUAUCAUAAACGUGGCAUUUGCUGGGACUAAAUGUGGAAUGUAAAGCAAACUCGAAAGGAAUACUAAAAAAUUAAAUGAGAAAGUAGAAAUUAAUAAAUAAUCAGUCGUAAAUAUUUUAUUGGUAUUAAUUGACUGAGGCUCAAUUCAAGUAUGCCGCGUAAAUAUUGGUAUUUUUUAUGCAAAUGACGAAAAUAAUUAAUUAAUUGGUGCUUCCGUAAUUAAAAAAAUUAAUUAAAAUUAAUAAAAACUAUUUAAUACAUUUACAAUUCAACGACAGAUGUCUCGGCUCUCUUCGUACUAGUUUCGUCGACGAAUUUUUGUAAUGAUUAUAUGUACAAUUGAAAAAAAAAAUCAUGUAAGUGCAUACGAUGAUAAUCAAUUUGCGACAAAAAUGAAUGAUUCCUUUAUUAAAUUUUUUUUUUAAAUGAUACAAUUUAAAUAGUGUAUAUUUUAAAUCGUGCAACAAAGAGUGAGUGAGGAUGAGUGAAAAUGAAUGAAAACAAAAAAAAACUAUUAAUGUAAAUUUUGAAAAGAUUUAAACAGAAACUAAUAUAGCUCAGCCAAUUGAAAGUUUGCUUAUUUGAAUUGCAUUUUACCAUAUUGGCUAUCGUUAUAUGCAUUAUCACAUAUAAAUAAAUAUAUAUAUAUAUACAUAAAUGAAACGUACUUAUAGGUGCGUUGAAUGAACUAGGAUCUUAUGACGAAGAUUUAAAAAAUGCCGCAAUGAUUAUUUGCAAGUACAAAGUUGUUACUUUUAGAGAGAAGUUAUGACUUUUACAAGUCAAUAACACGCGCAAGAAAUAAAAUAUUAAAAUGAAAAAAAAAAGAAAGCAUAAAAAGAAUUAUAGAAUUUAGAACGCGAGGAAGAGAAGAAAACAGUUACAGUGAAUGAAUGUAAAAGAAAAUGUGUGUAUAUGUGUGAUUAAUUGAUUUAUGAAUUAAAGAUGAAGAAAAAAACUAAUUAAAUUUUAAGGAUAUGAGAUAUAGUAAUUAUUAUUAAGAUAAAAUAACAUAGCCGUUUUUAAAUGAGAAACCUUAAACGACACUUGCGCAUAGAGUCGAGAAAUAAAAAAUUUUUUAUAUGAAAUCAAUUUCAUAUUAAAACGAUUUUUAUUAAUUCUUAAAUUAAAUAUAAAAGAAGCCACAGAUGCGAAAGUCAUGGUAAUCAUGGAAUAAAUAUAAUGUGAGCACUCAAAAGAAAUAUAUAUAUUGUACAAAAUUUGUCACAAAAUAUGUAAAAAAAAAAUCGAAAAAAUUCAUUUUAAAAACAUAGCUAAUAAGAUGGAAAAAAAAAAUAUAAGAGAGGCAAAUUUUUAAGCGGGAUAUUAGAGUGUUGAAUAUAUCAGUAUGCAUGUAGUCAUAAUUAACAAUAUUGCCUUGAUUUGUAAAUAAACUUGAAACUUCCAACUAAUAACCCUGUACUACAAAUACUACGUCACUAUCACAUCACAAAGUUGUCAAAUGUUGUUUAUUUGUUUUUAUAUGAAAAAAUUUAUAUUAUAAUUGUUUAGGUUAUUUUAUUUCUUAUUUUAUUUAUAUAUCUUUUAGGCAAUAAAUGUUAUAAGCGAUUAAAGUCAUUUUAUAUUUAAAAAAAAAUACUACUUUGUGUUGUAAUCAGUGAUAAGACAAUAGUUAAAAGAGAGUAUGUAUUUCCCAUCCCCUCAGAUCAUGUCCAGUUUGCUCUGUGAUUCUGUGUUUAAUAAACAAAAAAUAUAUACAUGUAUCUUUGAUAA